AUGUCUUUUCGUGAUGAUGAAGAAUUUUCAUCUCUGACCACAACUUCGGGAAGUGCCUACACCCAACCAUUAACAAUGAGAAAUCGACCAACAAAGUUGGCUUCUCCUAUUGAUGAAAAUCCAAUCUCCCAUUCAACAUCCUAUAGUUAUGGCAAUAGUAAAUAUUCUUCGUAUGGAGGAGGACAAUACAAACAAUCUGCUUCAUCAUCUAAACCAAAUCGAUGGAUUUUAGUGGCAAUUAUUGCUAUACCACUUAUAAUAUUGUUGAUUUUUUCAUUACAAUUUAGUAGAACGGAAACAUUUGAAUGGGAGAACGUUAAAGAGGAAAUACCUAAUCUUCCAACAGGUGAUGAUGUUUUUAAAAAGAGUAAAUUGGGUAUUAUUUCAUAUGUUGAAACAGUUUCACAGAUGGAUUGGAUUGAGAAGGAAUAUUUGGAUAAAUUAGAUAAAUUAAGAGAAAGUCAAAUUAUAGUGACGAUAUCAAUGUGUGAAGAUUUAAAAAAGGAUUUACACAUGUCAAAAUAUUCCAAUCCCGAACUUUAUGACGUGUUUAGAGUCUUUACAGCCAAGAAAUGCCAAGCUCCUGCAUUGAUUUCUAAUGGAUUAAAAUCGACAAGCAGAUUGGCAGAAUAUGUUUUGAUUUUGGAGCCAGGAUUUUCGAUAUUUGUUAAUCAAGAUAAUAAGAGAGUAGAUUAUUUAUUGAAAGAAACAUCAGAUAGAAAAUCAUUGUUUGGUGAGCAUGUUGACUAUGGUCUUUUGGCAUUCAAUGUAAUGAACUCUGAAAAGAAUACUCCAUACUUUACCAAUGUUGAAAAUGUUCUUUCUAAAUCCUCGAGGACAAUUAACAGGAAAUUACAAACCAAGUGGGUAUCUUCCAGCAAAUUAGAACCUUUAACUGAGAAGGAAGUGCCUGAAUUAUUGUGGUUUGUGUUUGCUACUUCCUCUCCUGAAGAUAAUCAAUUCAAGGUGAAAAAUUCCAAAAUUAUUGAACUUGUCAGAGAUGAAUUAGAAAAGAAAUCUUUAGAGUCAAGCUAUCAAAGCAGCUUUUCCAUUGUAGAUAUAAGAAGAAUGAUAACCAAGUCUUUCAUCUCAAACAUAUUGGAAUCCUAUAACAAUGUUAAGGAUGAAAUCCCAUCACCUCCAAUUUAUUUUGUUCCCUCACCUUACUCCAUUGAAUGGACACCUUCUCACGAUUUUGAAAAACGUUCAACAGAAUUGCUUGAAAACGGUCUUACAUUUGCUACCUACUGCACUAUUUCUCAGAUACCUCUUAUUAACGAUUUUAUCAAGAGACUCUCUGAAGGUGAUAACUUGGUAGUUUCCAUAGCUUCUAAAUCACAAAGUGACUGUUCCUCAGAAAAGUUAACUCAACUUGUUGUAUCCUCUAAGAAAGUCAAAUUUGAUUACAAGUGUAUUGUGAUUCCAACUUUCGAUGAACACAAACUUCCUAUUAAUUUGCUAAGAAAUGAAGCAAUUCUUAUGACAAGAACCAAAUGGAUUGCUCUAGUAGAUGCCAGUAGCGUCAUUUCCAAGUAUUUGAACAGAGACUUUUUGAAAUUAUUCGUACAUGACAAAUCCUCCAAGCCACUCGACAAGUUGGAACCAAUCUCCGCCAAAAUUGAGACCAGAUUAUGGAAAUCUCCACAAAAUUUAAUGGAAUCGUAUCCUUCCCUCUCUCAAUAUUUAGAAAAGGAAAAGAUUGUAUUUGUUGUCCCAUCUUUCAUUAGUCAAUCAGAUGAUGAAAAUACUGACAUUCCACAAGAAUUUACCACUCUGAAAAAGUCCCUAUUCAAAAGUAAUGAAUACGCUCCAGUUGAUUCAGACAAUGCAUUUAUUGACACUGCAAGAUAUGUCAGUGUUUCUUCACAAGGUCAAAAAGCCUAUCAAAUCAAAGCAAGUUAUCCAUUCGAGCCAGUAAUAAUUGGCCAAGUAUCUCACUUGCCUCUCUACACACAAGAUAGUACCAACGAUAAGAUUAUUUACCACGCCAAUUUGAUUCUACAAAAAUUCCAAUACUUUGUCUUGCCAAGACAUUUCAUAAUUCAACAAGUUCCAAAAACAUCAAGAAAAAGACAAAGAAGAUUGGACGUUAUUCUCAAAAAGCUUUCUCUUCACUAUCCACAACAAUUAAUAUCCUCCUACAGAAAGGAAGCCAAAUCGAUCUAUUAACCCUCAAUAAAACCUUCUAAGGUACCUCCGAAUUAUCUUUG